AUGGUACCAUAUCACCUCGGCAUAGGGUUUACCCUGGCCCUUUCGAGUUUAUCUCUUGGCGUAUCAGCUCGAGAAUGCAUCAUUGAGGAGAUCCUCACCGUGUCCAGCCCCGAAGAUCUGGAUAGUCUUCGUGAUGGCUGUACGACGAUUACCGGAAAUAUCGCCAUCGAUAGCGACUAUUCAGGCGACUUCGUUCUCGAGGGUGUUACUGAUUUUGUCGGCAACAUUUCAACUUCAGAGGAUGCGCCUCCAGGGAAUCUAGGCAUAUUGGACCUCCCUGAUCUCGUCAAUGCUGGCGCAAUCACCGUGCACCGAGUUGCAGCCGUGAAUCUAGGCAACCUCGAACAUGCCGGUGAGCUCCUCCUAGGCCCGUCCUCCCCCGAUGGAGAGGUCGAGCUUGGGACAUUAAAAGAGGCCGAUAAUAUUGGAUUCAAGGGUGGUUGGAAGAGCAUCGUCCUCUCCUCAUUGGAGACGGUCACCGGAGAACUAGGAUUCUACUUUGUUCGAGGGGAUGAUGUUUUCUCUGAUGGCGACGAGAUACCCUCGCUGGUGGUUGACCUUCCGGCACUGAAGACAACGUCCCAGUUCACGGUCGAGGGAAAGGUGGCAAGCAUCUCGGUGCCUGAGCUCGAAACAGCGGGCGACACUGACACUCCUGAACGAGAUUUCUCCCAGGGCCUCCGACUCAACAUCGAGACUCAGAUUGAGGUUGAAUUCCCCAAGCUGUAUACCAUAGGCGCGUCGACACAGGUAUAUGGCAAUAUAUCCCGGAUAAGCCUCCCUGCUCUUGGAGAAACCGCCACAGGCAUCGAGUUCAACACUGACAUGCCGCUUGAAAUAUACUCGACUAUAGAAACCGCCUUUUACGUGUGGCUGUGGGGGCAAAUCAAGAGUGUUGAAUUUCCCAAAAUGGUUGAUCUAGGCUCUGUGGACAUCGCAAGAGCCAUAAGGCCCUGCAAUGAAACUCUUGUCAAGCUGUGGGAGGCCAUUCCCAGCCACGGUCCACCAGGGCACGAGAGCAGCUGGUACUGGAGGUGCUUUCGCAAGGAUCUUCCGGAAGAUAACAACCAAGCCGAUGCUAAUAGCACUACUACUAUCGCGAAUGAGCCGACCAGCACCACUGGCAGUGGCGACAGCUCAACUAAGCCUGGUAAUCAAGAGCCCAGCGGCACUUCGGAUGCAGAGACAAGUGACGAUUCAGAAAGCGUCCCUGGAAAUGGGGGGUCCUUCCCAUCGCCAUCACAGGUAGAUCUACUGACAGCACUACUUGUGGCUAUGGGUGCAGGUUCCAUGGUGUAG